AUGGCAACCUUAACAGAGUCCCGCGGAUCAGGAGGCGAGAUCAAAUUGUUCCCGCCUCCUGUAUUCAAAGGAGAGCAUGACAAGUGGGAAGAUUGGUCUUGGCAGUCGAAGGCUUACGUGGCAUUGUACAAACCGGUAGCUCAAGAAUUGAUGGAUAGGAUCCAAGGAUCUAGCAUUUCCAUUGAUGAUGCUGCUACGCAACUUGAAGAGAACAACACGCUUAUUGUCCGAUUGAAUGAGCCAGGCAACGGAUUCGAGACAUGGAGACAAUUGCAUGAUCGCUUUGCAUUGCCAAGUCGAGAAAAGGGAGUGAGCCUCCUGAACAAAUUGCUUGAACAUCAAUUCCGUGAUGCACACUUCGAAGCAGAUUUGGCAGAGUUCAUUGUCUUGAAGAACAAGCAUGAGAGAGCAACAGGAAAUACAUUGAGUGAUGAUAUUCCCGUCGCAUUGAUGAUGAACAAAACCAGGGGUCAGUUGCAACAGCACUUGAGAUUGCAAGCAAUUUCUCUGAAGACAUUUGACCAGGUGCUUGUUAUCGUGAAGGAGUAUUAUCAAAGCAAACAUUUGGUGAGUGGAAAAUUGAACUCAAGCGACCAUGGAGGUCCCGCUCCCAUGGAUGUUGGAGCAUUGUGGAAAGGAAAUGAAUGGAACGAAGAUUGGAACGCAGAUUGGAACGGACAUGAUCACGAGACAGAGAAUGGAGAGAGCAUAGAUUGGCAAGAGUACCAAGGCGCAUUGUUUGAUGACAUGUCAUGGUCUGAGGAUGAUUGGUCUGGUGAUUGGUGGUCUGAUGAUGGCUAUGAUUGGUCUAUGGAUUGGUCAUGGCAGGAUGAUUCGUCUUGGCAUUGGUCUGCUGACUCUCGGUUAGCACUGCCACCACCGCCUCAGGCGAUUGCGCAACCGCAGACUGCAGCGUCAUUGCUGGUCCUCCUGGAUUGGAUUGAAGGCGACAUUGAUCCCAGUGAUGUUGUUGUUCCACAUAAGCAACAGGAUAGAUUGGCAGCAUUCCACAGUAAGUCAGGAGCCAUUGAAUGCACUUGGAUUCUGUUUGACAGCGGUGCAUCUGCAAAUUGCUGUCCGCCAUGGUUAGCCGAUGAUUAUCCUCUCCUUCCGAUUGUCGAAGAUGGUCCCAUCUUGAGAAGCAUUUCAGGUAAGACACUGGGCAUCAUUGGAAAGCGCAUCAUUGAACUUGAUUGCGGCAAUCAUUCGUUGUGUGUGCAUUUCUACGUUUGUCAAAGCAUCCCAUGUCCUCUUGUAAGUGUUGCUAGACUUCUGUUGCAGGAUUUUUGGACGAUCAUGAGCCGCAACUUUAUGGCAUUGCUUACUCGAGAUCGCAAAACAGUACCGAUCAUUCGACCAGGCACAUUGGUCUUUAUGACUCCGAAAGUUGCACCUUAUCAAGAGUCUGAUUGUCCCUACACAGACUUGCAAGUUUCUGCAAUCGUGAGUGAACUCGAUCUUGACGAUUGUGACAUCGAACUUCGCAGUGUCACUGACACCACUGACAUUGCGUAUGAUCACAUUCCUCAGAUACAUUCUUUGAUUGCGGCAGCGAAAAAAGGUAAGGUCAGAGUCGAGUCUAAACCGAAACGAGCCGAUUUGAAUAUUGAUUAUUGGGUUGUCGACGAGGAUUCGAGUAUUCUCAUUCGCCAUCAUGUGCAGAAACGCAAACAAUUGAUGGGCUUUCGCAACCUUCGCGGUGAGCUGCCCAUUGAUGAGAGUCGAUUGACGGGUUAUCGCAAGGCGGCGCGAUUCUUCUUGGAUGGCACAUCAGAUGUUGUCACUGACGAGAACUUUUGCACCAACGGGCUGACACUCGUGAAUCGCAAUUGUGGCGCGGCAGGACUUCAACAUGAAGCCAUUGACUGGCCAAGCACUGGAGAAGGCCAAGGAAACUGCGAAACGAUUCCAGGCGGCGCCCUCGGUGGCGAUGCAAACCGGAUGAUUUCGAUUGUCCAACAAGUCGAGGGCCGACCCAUCGAAAGCAUUAUCGGACAUUCCCGCAUCGUCUCAUGA